UCACUGCCAGAACUCUCAGACUUGGUUCAAAGGAUUAAUUAAAAAACAUUAUCUUCUUGUCAAUAGGUUUAAAUUUUCUUUUUAUAUUUGUGCUGGAGGAACCACUACACAUCUUCCACAAGAAAACCAGCUGAAAUCCAUUGGCUUCAUGCUGUAGAGUAAUGAGUCAUGCAAACACCUUUUAAUCCAGACAUUUUAUGGGAACUAGACUUGCAUCUGCAGCCUUCAGUUCUGGACAGCUUUGCAUUGCUCUCAGGACAGCUGAACACUUUGAAUAAAGUGCUAAAGCAUGAGAAGACCCCACUACUGCGAAACCAGGUGAUCAUCCCCCUAGUGCUGUCUCCAGACCGCGAUGAGGAGAUCAUGCGGCAGACAGAGGGGCGUGUCCCGGUGUUCAGCCAUGAAGUGGUGCCCGACCAUCUUCGAACUAAGCCCGACCCUGAAGUGGAGGAGCAGGAGAAGCAGCUGAUCACAGAUGCAGCUCGAAUUAGCCCUGAUGCAGCGCAGAAACAGAUCCAAAGUCUGAACAAAAUGUGCUCAAAUUUGCUGGAGAAAAUCAGUAAAGAGGAGCGUGAAUCUGAAAGUGGAGGUUUGCGACAGAACAAGCAGACCUUCAACCCUGCAGAUACCAAUGCACUGGUAGCAGCUGUGGCCUUUGGGAAAGGGCUGUCAAACCGGAGACCCCCAGGCUCUGGGGCAUCUGUCCAGUCGGGCCAGGCAGGAGCUGGUGCCAUCAUUGCCGGUGCUUCAGGCAUGCAGCAGGUCCCAAUGACAGGUGCACCAGCUCAGCAGCAGCCAAUGCUGGCGGGAGUGCAGAUGGCACCAGCAGGACAGCCAGGAAAAAUGCCGAGUGGCAUAAAAACAAAUAUAAAAUCUGCCUCAAUGCAUCCGUAUCAGAGAUGAGCUGAGAUGAACCAGACCUGUGGAACAGCAACAUUUGUUACUGCUGCAGGCACCCCACCUGGAUUCCUUCCAGGACUUCCAAGUCCCUUCACAUAUCCACACAAUUUAUCCGGGAACACAGGGUUUAUAAGCCCUUCCCUGGAUUUUAUUUAGUGCUGGGUGGCCUGUGUGGAGCUGCUGCUGGCCAUGUCUCCUGGACACAAGUACUCUGUUCAGCCAGAGCAGAGGACUUUGCUUCCGGUAUUGAUGCCAUCUUCUCCAGGUCUGGCCUGGAGGAAAACUGCCCUUUCCUGACACAGAACCUGAAGGGCUGCACAGAGCUCCUUGUUUCUGCUUGUUCACUUGGCAUGUUCUUUCUUUACUCCAUCUUGUUUAAUAAAGACCUUGUUAUGCUCACUGUGA